GCGCACCCAAACAGGAAGUGAGUCCGACGGCGUGACUAAACGAAACGGACACAUGUCGCAGGAAAGAGCUACGAAAACACAGGUACAGCAGCAUGGCACCUACAGAUUUCAAAAAUUUGGUCAGAAGAUUUUAUGUACUUCAAGCUGAGCGUGUGGAGGCAUACAAACUAUUUGAGGAGGGUCAUGAGGCGUACUUAAGGACGGGGCCCCACUAUGACUUCGAUCGCUACAAACAGCUGGUACAUGAGAUAACGAAAGCAUUCUGCGGCAUUUCCAAAGAGGUUCUGCAGAUUAAAGAGCAGCUGCACCAAGACUUCGACCGGCCCGACCUCUCCGAACACAUUGACAAACUGCAGAUUAAAGAGAAGGAGAAAUUAGAGCUGACAGCUAAGUUACAGCUGGCCAAGCAGAACGCCCAGGAUCACCCAGAAGAUGAGGAUUUCCAAGAGAAAGUCCGUGAGGUCAAACAGGAGAUUAUAAAGAACACGGCUGCUUUGAGUGAGAUUCUGCAAGACUUCAAGUAUGACUCGGAGGAGCCGGAGUGAGAUUCGGUCAAUCCCGGGGAGACAGAGAUGGAGUCGGAUGCUCUAUGAACUUUCCUUUCUGAUGAAGAGCGAUCUAAGGUAUCGAUCGCUGUCUCAGGAGUCGGAGUGCAUUGCUGCUGCAGGCUCUGCAGUGCAUAUUUUUAUUAAAGAGAGUUUGGCAUCUUUUAUUUCAUAAUUUUUUUUAUACAUUUAGUACAGCUUAUGACGUUUUGUUUGCUAAACCAACCACCAACAGUGUUCACUGAAAGCAUACAUUUGUUCAUUUUGAAUGUAAAUGGCGUUCAUUAUUCUGUGCAGCAUAAUAUUCAGCAAAGGCUACUGUGUUACAAUAUAUAUAUGAACAUUCCUUAAAUAUUUUGAAGACAUUUAUACAGACAAAACUAUUUAUACAUAAUGAUACAGUAUUUACAUAAUGUUUUUGAACACAGAGGACAAACCAAUUGCAAACUGCAUUUCAAACACCAAUUUAGACAUGUACGUUUAACAAUUAAAAGAACAGUACACUAAAA